AUGAAUGUAACAAUAAGUGAAACAGAAAAUCUCGUUGUUUUUAAACGUUUAAUUGAAGGUUAUCUUCUCUCAUUUGUAUGUAUAAUUGGUCUUAUUGGUAAUUCAAUAACAUGCGUAUCGAUAUUAAUAAAUCAAAUUCGUCGAUCAUCUCCAACGGAUAUUUAUAUAUGUGGUUUAUCAUUUAUAUCAAUGUUUGUACUUUCUGGAUUUUUACUUACACAUGGUAUUCGUGCACUGUUCAAUGUAUAUGGUGAAAUCAUUCAUCGAUCUUUAUUUACAAUAGUUUUUCCAGCUCAUCUUACAUGUCUAUUAAUUCAAAUAUAUUUAACAACAGCUAUAUCCAUCGAUAGAUUUUUGUUAAUAUGUUAUUGGCGAAAACUUUCGUAUCGAAAAUGGCGAACACCAAAACGAAUCAUAUAUAUUAUAAUUAGUAUAAUAAUAUUUGCCAUUAUAUAUUGUUUACCAUUUUGGUUUGAACACGUUGUGAUCGACAAUCAAUAUAUAAGUUUAAGUACAAUUGGAUCCCAACCAUUAUUUCGUUUGCUAAUGAGAAAAUAUCUUUAUUUUAUAUUCGUCUUUCUUUUGCCAAUGUCAUGCAUUAUGAUAUGUACAUUAUCAAUUAUACAUACACUUUGCAAUCUAUCGAAGAAUAAAUAUAGAAAUCGACCACAUUCUUUUCAAAGGAAUAAUAGAUCAAGAAAAAUUCAUACAUUAUUAUUAUUAAUAAUGAUCAUAUUUUUAUUAACACAAUUGCCGUAUUUUCUAUUUAAUGUUAUCUAUGCCUUGCAAGGACCAAAUUUCAUGGAAAAUCUACGUGCUAGACAAUUUCUAGUUAUUAAUAAUUUACUUGCGAGUAUGAAUGCGUCAACUACAUUUAUUUUAUAUGCACUUUUUGGAACGAAAAAACAAGCUAAUCACUUACAAAAUGUUUAG